UAUAGUUCUCCAGGUAUUGAAGCAUUGUUUCAGAUUUAUUUCUGUCGUUGCUCGCAGACUGGAGGUAGCAAAGGCUACGGAUUUAUUGAGUUUGAGUCCGAUGACGUGGCUAAGAUUGUGGCAGACACAAUGAACAACUACCUGUUUUCUGAGAGACUCCUCAAGUGUCAGUUCAUAUCUCCUGAAAGGGUCCACGAAAACCUCUUCAAAACCAGUAACAAAAUAUUUCUGAAGCCUUCUCAGCCAGCGGUCAGGCGGUACAAUAAGAUACGCUCACUCGUUCAGAAGGCAAAGAUGACAAAGCGGCUGCUACGAAAGGAGAAACUUUUACGGAAGAGGCUGGCUGAAAAGGGGCUCGAUUAUGACUUCCCAGGGUUUGCUGCACAGGAGCUUUCCAUAAAGAGGAGAAAAGUUAAAAUGCCCAAGAAGUCAAAACUGAACAUUUCUUUGAGCAGCCAGGAUCCUACUCCAGUCUGCACCCCAACAGUGCUCGAGCGCCGGAAAGCUGCUCAGGGGGAUGAUGACGCAGAAGACAAUGAAAUAACUCUCAGACUGCCCCCGGCCGGUGUUAAAAAUGCUGCACAGAGACCAAAGAAGCAGCCAAGGAAAAGACAACCUGAAGAAACAGAAAUAGACUUAAAAUUUUGAUGGCUGUAGCUGUGUUUUUCCUCAAGUCAAAAAUGGGCAAGGUGGAGCUUCUCGUGGUUCUGCUGCCCUGGCCCGGUGCAUCUUGAAGAGGCUGUUUCAGUCUUCCCUAGGCAAGGAAUCUAUUCACAAAUCCUCCCCCUCCUGUUAAGCCAUCAGGGGAGCUACAGUCUUCUCUGCCUUUGAAGAUAUUUCUGACUCAGUGCUCACAAGCGCCUGUGCUGUGACACGCCUACCGUCCUGCCAGAACCUUCAGUUAAUUCUGUAACUUGGCUCUAGUGCUCAUUGUUUUGAAAGAAAACGUGAGGUUGUCCAUUCAGAACCUGCUGAUUCGGUCUGUAUCUUGCAUUUAUAAUUAAUGACGGGUUAUAAAAAAAAAAAAAAAAAAGUAACUGUUUUUCAAUUGCGUUGGCUCUUGGUAGUGGUUCUUCGGAUUAACUGAAUGUCUGCGUUUCAUGCGCGUUCUCACAUAGUUACAUAAAUAGAGGGCGAGGGAUUUUUUUCCCUAAGGAAGACACACCUUGAAUUUCUUCUGUUUCUGAUCAGUCAAUUCUGUCUGUACUGUCCAGGGCAGAGGCAGAACACCAUGCUGCCUGAGUAAGCCAGUGCCUUUUGACCCUGCUUUCAGCAGUGCCUGGAAACUCAGCCUUUGCCAGGAUGUGGUGUGGUUGCUGCGGACUUGGAAAGGACUGGGAUUAGGAGGGUGGUAAGAGAGAGAGGGAGAUGGCUGAAGUCACUCAUGUUCAAGAUUCCCAUUCCUUUCCCUUUGCAGGCAAAAGAUUUGUGUUUGAGAGUGCACCCUGCUGUGGAGGACGUGGGGCAACUCUUCUGUUGGCUGGUGGCUUAGCCAGAGUCACAGCUACACUCACUCUUCACACGCUUGUGCAAAAGGUGCUUCACGCUGCAGAGUGCCAGGCUGCUGUACUGCUUUACCUCUGGGCUGACCAGGCAGAGGUAACGCUAAUUCCCUGGGGUUUUGUGUGCCACAAACGUGCUGUUGCCUGGUUCAGAAAAUGUUCAAGGACCAAAAGCGUGGCUGCUUUUGGAAGGACUUCUUGCUGAAUGGUGGCGGGGAGCAAAUGGUGACAACUAGCUUAUGUACAGCUGCCCUCAGCUAAGCACGGCUCUUCAAGAAGAUGCAUCAGUAAUGGAGCACUCUGGGCCCUAUUAGGAGUUCUGCUGUCCUUUGAGCGCUGCAUCAUCUUCUCAUUGUAUUUUAGUUCCGCUGUCCGCAUGAAACAAGGACGUCUUCUGCUUCAGGGGGGUGGUAAACACGUUGCAAUAUUGAAACAAGCCUCUGGGUGGGUGAACCAGGAAUAGCAAGGCAGGGUUUUGUUACCAGUAGUACGAGUCCAGACAAUUGACAACUUUUGUUAUGCAUCAAGAUUUAUUCUUGUGCAUGAAGAUUUAUUCUUGUUCCAACGUAACCUGUCAUAGCUGUAUGCAGAUAUCCAGUCCUGUUCGAAGAUGUGGUUUGACUGUGCAAUUAGAAUUUGGAUUUUUUUGCAAAUCUGAGACCUGCAGAAAUUCCAGUUUGGGUUUUGUGGCACGUACUUAGCCUUGAUCUCUCAUUGUCUGAGAUGAGACGCUCUCUACUGCUGUUGGCUGUAGGUCAGGCUUGGCAGAAGAUUUCAGAGGAAAGCCCAGGUGAUAACAACCGGCUGCUCAGGUAGGCGGCUGGCACCAAUUUCUUGGCUAUUUUAAGACUCAGACUCCUGGCAGAGGAGAAGAAAUCUGAACCAUUGGCCUGGCUAAUUCUGUCCUAUCUGGCCUGAUCACUUGAAUAAUCAUGUGAUCAUAGUGACAUUCUCUCUCAGUGACUCAAAUUAGAUCGUUCUCCUUUGUCGCUCUAAACUGUUGGGGAAGCCGCUUGGAUGAGCAUGUCUUUAUAGCAAACGCUUGUCAUCUCAGGCAUGCUAAGGGAAAUCUGUUGACCAGCCCGAUGGUCGCUGACAGUCAUUGCCUCCUAGUAGCAGUGUUGCUGUGUACAUCUGCAGGCUUUCUUCUCUGUGCAUUGUUUGGUGUGAAACUGGCAGUGUUUACACCUCAACCCCCUGGAAAAUACAUCCUCAGCUAAGGUUUGAGAUAAACCUGAUCAGAGUGGUUGGCAGAAGUUGCUUAUCUGUUAGUAACUGACACGCAGCUCUGAAAAAACUUUUCUACCUUGACUUCAUACAGCAGAGAGCAGCAGAAGAGAAGCAAAAAUGCAUCUGCCCAGAAUGGACAAUUUUCUUUUAAAAUCCAUAUUCCUAACUUUGUGUUGUGCAAAUAAAGAUGGCUGUUUGCUCAAGAUGAACUAGAACUGUGGCUGCAUUUUCUCCUGUGUGGAGCUGAGCCUGUUGGGAGCAGUCUGACACUGGGGGGCAGCAGGCUUCAGUUGUGUGGGCACAUGCUGCCCUCUGGCAAACGCAGCACAAGGUCUCCUGGGAAAUGGCCUCCUGGAUUUAUAAAGAAACCUGCGAGUCCAGGCAGUUUGGAGCGACUGGCUGCGUUGGCAUGACUAACGCAUCUCUAACACGAUUUAAGAACACAGGAGAAAGCUGGAAGGGGAGCUGGGCUUAGGAUUGCACAGCAUUUCCCAGCACAUGAAGCACUGGACAUAAGAGGAAUGGGGGUGGAGAAAGAAAAGCAGAAUUGGCUGCAAAAUAGAGGGGAGAAAGGAAUGAUGAAGCCAAUGCUCACCUCUAGAGAAAAAGGUGUUGGCGAAUUUGGCAAAGUUGGACUACUUGAAAUUAAAGAAGCAGUUUGAUGUUCUUUUGCCUGUUGGAAGUGCUGUGGGAUGCCCAGGCUGUGCAGUGUGUCGGGAGCGUGCUGCAAACUGUGGUCCAAGUGCUAGUCCUUGCUCAUGAGCCCUGAGUGGAGGAGAGCAGGCUGGGCAAGUGACACUUGCUCUUGCCAGUAACAAGCCUGUUUGCUUGCAUACCUGGCUUUUAAAAUGGCUGCAGCCCCGAGGAACAAGACUAAAACCUGUCUGCAAAUAGCUCAUGGUGCAAGGGAGGAUUUGUGCAUGGCUCCGAGGUGUGACAUCCUCCCCUCUCCAGGUGAAGCACCAGCAAGGCAGAGGGUAGCUCUAGAAAAUUCCUCCUCUCCCAACUUUCCCUUCAGAGCGCCGGGGUGUUUGGUUCUCGCUUUGCCUGUGAGAUGCAGCCAGCCAGGGUAGGGCUGUGUUGUGCGAGGGCGCUGUGCACGUCCCUGCCCUGGGCAGGGUGUUGCAGGUGAAAGCCGUGCAAAAGGAGAACAGGAGUAUGGGGGAUGUGAUCUCCAUUAGGCAUUUUCCAGGAGUACCUGUGAGUCCUCUUCUUGGACCAGACUCCUUCAUUGUCCAAGAUGCUGUCCAAACACAUCCUGUUUUCCAGAGUUUACAAUCUAACCCGCACAGUCUUGAAACGUCCAACUCCAGGCAGCAAUAAUCUGCACCUUCUUGGCCAGAGGUAUGUGGGGACCACCCCAGGGUGCUGCUGGAGCGGCAGCUGCGGGGAGGGCCCUUCUGGCACCGCUAGCCCAGGCGCAUCCCUCCCUGCCCAAGGCCAGCAGCUGUCAGAGCCAAGGAAGUGGUUAACUGCAUGAGUGAGAAUUGCUGAAGUGAAACAUUUUCUCCCAUGCCGGGUGCAGCAAGGCCUCUCAUCACUUCUCCCACCCAGCAUUAAUUAAGCAUAUGGCAGGGACAGAGAUGCUGGCUGUCCCGGGAGGCUGCGGCCAGUAACCAUGUGGAUCUCCUGUGCUGGGAAAGGACAAGCUACAGAGAAGCUCCUACACAAGGCUUGGCUCUGAUCAGGGAAGAAAAUGCCAGUUUAUAAUCGUCUUCAAAUGUGGUGUUGAAGAGAGCAGCCAGGAUUGGGAGGACAAAUGCUGCAGGACUUUGAGACAGCAAGGUGUCCAUCAGCUGAUCUCCUGUUUCAUCUUGCAUAUGGACCGUGCUUUAUUUUGCACGUGUAUGGGCACACACCUCCUACUCACGACGAACCAGACCUUUCUCAGCAAGCGGGGAACUGCAUACUCUGCAGGUGGACUGAUUGGAGAGAGACGCAUUGCUUCAUUGGGAACAGUGUCCUCUCAGGAGGCAGAUGCUCCUGCCUUUCUGCUGCACUAGCCCUGCUUGUGCUGGAGACCCGCGUGUGAGAUAGGUAGGUAAAUGCAGAUUCCUCAGAAAUGAGAGCAGAAUAAGAAGUAACCUUUAUUUAAGUAUGUUAUUUAUAAGGGUAAUGCCAAGUGCCUGCUGUUAAACCUCUGGAAGUGAAGUCCUCAUCAAGCACUCAGGUGUGAUGGUAGCAGCUCCUCCAGUGGUUACUGCUGUUCCUUCAUUUAGAGUGUCCUUCCUGCACCCCAGGAUGAAUCCCCAAGGACUGGUUAGAAAUAGCACGGUCGUCACCUAACAGUAACUUCGGAGAAGCUGAAGUAUCCGUGCAGAUCAGAUUCCAUCUCGAAACUUAGAUCUGGUUGCCCUGGGGGUAUCCCAGCGUGCCUUUAUGGUGGGUUUCUGUUGUGAACUGUCACAGGCGAUGGAGAUGCAGGUCUGUUGUAGAUAGUGCUGGAACUAACGCAGAUUGAUGUCCCUGUGAGAGUUGGUGGACAGCACGGUGUAAUCAAGAGCCUCCUCUGAGCAGAAUUAAAGAAUACUGAGAUGCUGUGAGACUCUAAAAGAAAGAUAAGAAAAAAAAAAUCCAUGACAGGAUGGUGUUCUAUUAGAGGAAGCAGGAUAAAGUGUGUGAUGUAGUGCCAUACUACUAGCAAUUAGUUUUAAGAAACCUAAAGGGCAAGAAUCAGAACGGUGCCCUCACUGCCUACUUUUGAAGAGUUUGAAGAAAACUGGCAGGUUACGAUGUAUUUUAGACUUCCUAAUGAAAAUGAGGCUUAUGUGAUCAGUCUGUCUGCUUUUAUUCAGCUGUCAGGCUAGCUCCCUCCUUUUUUCCUUCUCAACAUUUAGGGAGGAGGAGGGAAUCUCAAGUUCCGUGAGAACUGGAGAAGAGAAAUAAUCAUUGCCAGCCUUGUGGGAAGGCAGGAGGGAGCUUGGGCAUGGUGUGGGUCCUUUGGCAGCAGCCUGCUUGUGGGUGUGCACAGGUUUACAGCCCUGGACUAACCGUACCUCAUGCUGCCUGUGGCUCCUUAGAGGGGAGUGUUACAGGACACACAAAGAGAAGGUAGGGCUGCUGGGACAGCAGGGCGGAUUGGAGGGACAAAGAACACAGAUCUGUAGGAAACCGGGCAUCAGCGCUGCUGCUCAUGGAACAAUUUGGUUAUCUUAAAAAAUAUAGGCAUAAACUGUUCUAAAAGUCUCUGCAGGGAGGAAUGGUCAUGUAAU